GGUUCUUGAUGAGCUUCUGCGACACCGCGUCUUGACUUUCCUCCUCUUCCCUGUUCUGUCACUUCGGCCCUUCGAAAAUUUCUAUAUCAUUUUUAUAGUUUUUUUCAUUUCUAAAUUCCAAUUCAGUUUGGAAAUCCAAAGGAAAUGGAAGAGAGGGAUUCGGAUUGUGGAGGAGAACCCAACAAUUUUCGAGAUCGAAUUAGCGAUUUGCCUGCUGAUCUCUUGUGUCGCGUUCUCUCACUUCUUCCAGUGACUGAAGCCGUAAGAACAACCUGUCUCUCCAAGAAUUGGAAUCUGUUAUGGCGUUCUACCACUGUCUUCGAUUUGGAUGAGAAUCGUUUCUCAAAACUAGCCAAAGAUGAUGUAAUUGUGGAUUCAUGGGAGGGAAUUGAUACCUACGAUCAUGCUUGGAGACGAAGACUUGAAGAGAAAUACCAAUUGGUCAACGAACAAGAACCGAUGCGUCAUUACAGGUCUUUGUGUUUCCUUUAUUACAGAGAUAUUCGGUUUAUUUCCUGCGUCGAGCAGUGGAAUUCGUUCUUGCAGGAAAGAAAAAUCUCAACUUCAACUCGCCAUCUUCCUCGAUUUCCUGGUCGGAGAGAAAGUUCGGACAGAUCCCGUUUCAAAUCUAUCUGUGAAUCACCUCCGUUCCCUUUCCUGCUUAAAUCACUUAAGGGUGUGAAAUCAUCCAAUUUCCCCUUCAGACCCUCUAUACCCUUAAACUCCCACAGCUUUCACUCUCUUGAGAUUGCCCUUCUUUUCAACGUUCAGCUAAGCCACGACUCACUGUCUUCUAUUAUCUAUAAUUGCCCGUGUCUGGUUUAUCUGCAUCUAAAGAAUUGUUAUGUGCCCAUGGAUGUUGUUCUUUGUGCUCCAGAAUCGAAAUUAAAAUGCUUGGUCUUGGAUCGCUGUAACGCUUACGGUCUUCCUUUGAAGUCCUUGAAGAUCUGUUUUCCAAGUCUCUUGCGCUUUGAGUUUGUUGGGCAUCCACCUGUUUGCUUCAGUGCCACUAAUCUUUCUAAUUUAAUUGAUGCUGAUAUCGGAUUUGAAUCCGAUUCGGUGGAUAGAGAUUACAAGCUUUUGCUAUCUGACCUGUUCCAGGGUCUUGCUCAUGCCGGCGUUCUAAGACUCAGUAACUGGUGUCUUCAGGUAUUUUCAAAAGUUUCAAUUCUUCGAACAACCAUGGCCUGCACGCUAGAUUUCAGGUACUUAGAUGAAGGUCUUGGUGGGCAAAAGAACAAGCGUAAGAGAGAAGAGGAGACUGAAGCCCAAAAGGCAGAUUUUUCAAUGGAGGUUGAUGAUAUGGAAUCAUGCCCACAGGCCAAGAGGCCUGCCCUCCCCUCUUCAGAGAACCCUGAAAAACCUAUAUUCGGGAAGCCCACUUACGAUGGUGUUAUUGCUGGUAGAGUAUCCGGCCGGAAAUGGAAGGAGCCUCGGAAACAACGAGCUUCUGCCUCAAAGGUCUCUGUGAAAGGGGUUUCUUUGGAACAACGUACGAAGCAGAAGGAGAUCAAGAAAGCUUACCAGGAAAGGAUGAAGGAGUUGAAGGAGCAGAUAAGGUUGAACAAGGUGGAGAAGAGGAAGAAGAGGGAAGAGAGGGAAAAGAAGAAGCAGGAGAACAUAUUGAGGUCUGGGACUAAGCUUCAGAAGAUUACUAACCCGAAAACAUUGAAGAAGAUCGCGAAGUCGAAGCAGAAAAAGCUUCUAAAGGUUGUCCCUGAUGACUUGCUUAAGAAGUAGGCUGCAUUCUCUUGAAGUUUCAUUCUUCUUCUAAUGGAAAACUCAGAAUUAUAUCAUUGGGAUCAACAGGUAGACAUCAAGUUCACAAUUUUGUUAUUGUAGGUUGUUAUGGGAAAAAAGGAAAAAUAAAAAUUAGUUCUUAAGGAAGUGUUUUUUGAAUUAUAACCAAUAUGGGUAUAUUGAGGUUCUGUUUUAGACCUUGUAUAGCUUUGCUGGGUAUUUCAAAUUGUGUUUGGCUGUUUAAUGGAUUUUGUAGGGAAUUAUGUUUGGCUUUUGAUUUCUAUUCUAAUCUCUGUUUUGCC